UGAUAGACCACAUAACAAUAGGCCUUGUUGCGGUCUUGUACCAUGUGCUCCGUUUCUUAGUCAACCAAAGCCAAUCAAGUGUCUGUUAGGAUACAUUUCCAAGUAGUGUGAAUGCAGUUUAAGUCAUAAGAUGAGAAUAGCUCACAUGUGGCUAAACAGGACUGUGUAUUUCAGUUGUUGACAGUGUAUUGAGUGAUUUUGGCCCAAUCCUCUGGUAUGUAAGGAGAAUGUUUAGGUGUAUUGAUGAACAUGGCUGCCCUGUGUCUCAGCUCAAUCCUUACACUGAGGACAGUAGUGUCCUGAACAGUGCUGGGAGACGGAAUGGACUGGUGGCCUCUCUGGCUGAUGUCGUCUGGAUCGACAGGGAGGAGGAGGAAGAUGAAAAUGACUGGUUUGGAUUUAGGAGACGGAGGUAAGAGGGGAGCGGGCCACACUUUCUCAAGCUGUGACGCUGCCCUUAGAAAGCUACUGUUUAUUGACCCACAUACUGUGCUCAUUAGACAGUUCCUUUGCUCAUGUGUUAACUAUAACUCGGAGUCUCUGCCCCUCUUCUAAUAUGGUGAUUUAUUUACCAUUGGUCCCGUUCAGGUCAGAGGCACCGUCAGGGCUCAUGUUCCGUUCUCACCCGCCUCAGCCCAAACAACAACAACCUUUGCCCAGACGUAGUUCUUUACCCAGCCUGCACCAGGCUGAGCUGGAGCCCCAGGGUCAGACCCGCCGCAACGAUGAGGCCAUCCAGAAGAUCACUGCUCUGGAGACGGAGCUGGCCAAACUCAGAGCCCAGAUCUCACAGAUAGUACUGACCCAGGAGCAGAACGCACAUACACCAGGUACGGAACAGAGAACCCAGAACACACAUGCGUGCGCACACACUAAAGGGUGAAGAAGAAUCCUCAAAACACAAACCCACAAAGUUCAAAUAACUCCUAGCUCCUUCAUUUGUUGGGUAAGAUACAGUAGUUGCACAUUUUCCUCUGUAAUGACCUACAUCUGCCUGAAGAUGGCAGCUUUUUCAUAAUUGUCUGACUAAUCUAUACAUUUCUCACCAAGCUCUCUCCUUCACCUCAGCCCCAGGGGGUCCUCCUGCUCCAGGCGGCCCUCCACCUCCACCCUGCGCCCUUCCCCCUCCUCCUCCUCCUCCACCCCCACUCAUGGGUUUCCAGCGGAGCUUCUCGGUCAUUGACCUCAUCCAGGAGCGCCGUGGGAAGAAGACCGACGGCCAGGCACUGCUGGACCAGGGGCCCAAGCAGGCAGAGGUCCCCAACAUGCUGGAUGUGCUUAAAGACAUCGGCAAAGUCAAGCUGCGCCCCGCCAAGAGGUGGGCACCAUGUUCAUGGUCUGACUUCUACAUUACAGAAAUGGGCGCAACUCUUGUUUUACUAAACGUGACUAAUUUCCAGCUAAAGCAUUAAUUUUCCUUACUUCCUGUGUUAUUGUCCAGCCGGCCAGAGGAGAGCCAAGCCAAGCCUAGUGAGCCCACAGACGCUGCGUCUCUCAUUGCUAAUGCCCUGAAGCGCAAGUUUGCCCAUCGCUAUCGCCACAACAGCAAUGAGGACAAUGAGUUUGACUUCCCAGCCUAUGAACUGAAACCUUUCUGUUCUGAAUUCCCCAAGACAGACAAAGUAGAGAUUCCCCUGGUAAGAGCAACACUGAUACUAGAUUUAGUCUAUUACAUCGACCAUGAAUCCCCAGUUUGGGCCUUAUAAUUUUCAAACUACAGUGUAUGUUUGUGCAACAACAACAAAGAUGGGUAAAACCUUAGAUCUUUGAGUUUCUGGCUAUUGUGUGUAGGGUUGUCAUUUGCUUACCUUUGUCCUGUAGGUAAGGAAGCACCAGUUGAAAACCCCAGCCCCUGUAGUGAAACCACACCCAGAGACACCCUUGGUAAGAGUAGUGCAAGCAUGACUAAUCUUUGAUUUUAUAAAGAUAUCUAAUAUUUGAUGUGAGUUUGGAAACUAAUUUGCUCCUGUCUCUCUUACCCAUCCUGUAGUUUGGGCAGCACAUGUUGAAAUCUACUGGCAAGAGAAAGCUCCUCUGA